AUGACAGAAGCUAUCACGGAGAUGGAAGAAUUUUCUAUAUUUGACAAAAAAUUCUAUCCCGACGAUAGUUCGAUUCCCCAAAUCUCUCUAGAUACUCCUUCCGGCGUGCCUGAAAUUCCAUUAUUUUCUUCUCUCGCACAUUCCCAUUCAUCACCAUCCCGUGACAUUAUUAAUGAACAAAAAAUAUCAUUAGAAGGUUCGCAGUUCUGGCCCACUUCGAAACCUAUCAGAAAAAACAACAAUACACGUUAUUCCACCAGUUCUUUACGAAACUCCAAAUUCACGAAAAAAAAUUUUUGGAAAAAGGUAUGGAACAAACUCUCUCAUCCUCAAGAUUCGCCUUCAGCCUCAUCCGCGACAGAUGGUAGUAAAUUCUUUGUAGUCAUUAAGUCAAAGAGGCGUGGAUCGGAUCAAAGUUCAUCAAACGACGGUGUUAUUUCACUUUCGACGACAAGUUCCAUAUUUCGUAAUUCUCCAACACCAACAUCCACAUUAACCGCCAUAGAAGAUUGCGAAGAUGAUCACAAAUCUAUAUUGUCGGUCUCAUCAGUUGAUACUCUAGCGUCUUUUGCCACCGCACCGACCUAUCUCGGUCACGAAACCAAUCGCAAUGUUAUGCGUUCACGUUACCACAGUAUCUCUUAUGCCAUGCGACAUCUGAAGCACCCAAGUCCGACCCCCGACGAAAGAAUAUCCAGAUCAGUGAGAGGCAUAACAUUUUACAUCCACGUUUCGCAUUCUAUCCAUUUUUUACGUUUAAACCCACUAUCCGAGGAUUCAAACUUGCCAAUUCCUGUUAAGAUCCCGCGUGAUCUCUCGUUUUCACAAUUUCAAAAUUCGAUGGCUGGGAUACUGAAUCUAAAACCUUCCGAGUCAAAAGAAUUGGUGGGAUUGUAUCAUACAAAGAGGCUGAAUUUAGAUGACACAAUCAGGUUAGACAAGGCGAUCGAGAAAGAAGAAGAGGGAAAGGCAUGUCAUGAUUACAAGGAGAUAAUAAGUGAAUUGGUGAAGUCCGACAAAUUGUGGAUAAUUGAUUGUGACCAAGUUUGGAGAAUUGGUUUGUUGUUUUGGAAACAAGAACUCGAGAUGACAGUGGUUUCCAAGGAAAUGAUUAUGUAA